UGUUUUUUAAAUAUUUAGAAAACAUUUAAAAAAUAUUGUUUCCUGAUUGGGAAAUAUCAAUUUGGCUCUGCCAAAGCGGAAAGAAAUGGACAUGAACCUUGAAUCAGCUGAUGACUUAUUUAUAUCACACUGAUGGUAUAAUCGAUAAUAAAAUAGACAAUAUAAUCAACAGAGUAAUCGAUGUUGGUCGACGGUAAAAAAAGAUGUCUUUGUAGUAUGAGUACAUGUCAAAAGAUGUAGUAACAUCUCGCGCACAUGUGACAAGUGAUUAUCUUAAGAAGACUCUCUGGUCAUUUGACGUUUGUGGCACAGAUCGCACCAGAUCGCACCAAUGGCAUUUUCGAGCUGCAUUAUUCAAUGUGCAAAAAAACUAACAAAGAAGGGCAUUAUAGGUCAAUCCACUUCAAUUCUAUUUUAAGGUUAUAUAGGAAAAACAGAAAAAAAAAGUUGAAAAGGUGAGGUUAUGGCGCAAUAUACGAAUUAAAUUACGACGGUGCAGAAUGUCAUCGAGAAAGGAAAUAAAGCAACGACGUUCCUCCAGCCACAAAAGUAGACGUGAGGAUGACAAGUAUUACAGGAAGAAACAUCGCGACGAUCGCGAAAGUGAAAACCGCGCGAGGACCUCUUCAAAAAAUGAAGCGCGAAGUGAUCGAAAAGUGCAUCACAAGUUUUUCGAUCACGCGACUAAUUCUCAAUCGCAAAGUUUAUCCUCGGAAAGUCAUUACGAAGAUAGCAACGAGGACUCGUAUUUCAGUAAAUAUAAGCGCGAAUUGAAUCAGAUUUUCAUGGCAAACUCUAAUCUCGUUCAUGACGUCGUCGACUUUUGGAAAUUUGUCGAGAAAUACGAAUCUGUCAAGAAGCAAUUGAGCGACAAUGACGAAUCUGCGGCUGAUUCCUCUCUAAAUUCUAUCGGGCUGCCGGAAAAGUAUCACAAGUCCCAUUGUCUAAACUUGAAGCUUGGUUUGUCUUAUGGAGAAUUGUUUACCAGAGUCCCGGAAAUAAAACCAUUGACCGAGUCACGAUUGCUCAAGUUCAAGGAUGUCAUACUCUUGUAUUUGGACUUUAAGCAAAAAGAGAAAUUUGCCAAAUUAAAAAAGCUCCGAGAUACGCAAGCCAACUUGCCUAUCGCACGAUACAAAGAAGAAAUUAUCAAGAUGAUAAAAGCCGAGAGAGUGAUCAUUGUGGCAGGAGACACUGGUUGCGGAAAAUCUACUCAGAUCCCUCGAUACUUGUACGAAGCUGGUUUUCGGAAGAUUGCAUGUACGCAACCUCGAAGAAUAGCAUGCAUCUCGUUAGCGAAACGAGUUGCUUUUGAAACAUUAAGCGAGAAUCUUAGUAGAGUUGGAUAUCAGAUACGUUUUGAGAAACAAAGAAACCAAGAAACAAACAUUACAUUCAUAACGGAAGGUUUAUUGUUGCGCCAGGUGUCUGGUGAAUCAACUUUAUCCGCAUAUGAUGUGAUAGUUUUGGAUGAAAUACAUGAACGUCAUCUGCAUGGAGAUUUUUUAAUGGGCAUUAUGAAAUGCAUAAUUUAUCAACAACCCGAUUUAAAAUUAGUGCUAAUGUCCGCCACUAUUAAUAUAGAACUUUUUAGUAAUUAUUUCGCAAAGGAAAAUGUUAAAAUAGUAGAAGUUCCUGGAAGAUUAUAUCCAAUUCAAUUGCUUUAUCGUCCUGUGACUGUAGAAGAUCUUGGAUACAAAAAUGAUCGAUUUAAUCCUAGUCCAUAUGUGCAAAUAAUGCAAAUGAUUGAUCAAAAAUAUCCAGCUGAUGAGAAGGGCGAUUUAUUAAUAUUCUUGAGUGGAAUAAGUGAAAUUACUGCAGUCGUAGAUGCUGCCAAGGAAUUUAGUACAAAGAAAAAUAACUGGAUAGUUUUACCACUUCAUAGUACUCUCUCUAUUACCGAUCAAGACAAGGUAUUCGACUAUGCACCUGACGGUAUUAGGAAGUGCAUUGUUGCAACUAACAUUGCAGAAACUUCUAUUACUAUCGAUGGAAUCAGAUUUGUUGCGGAUAGUGGAAAAGUGAAGGAAAUGAGUUACGAUCCGUCGUGUAAAAUGCAAAGACUGAAAGAAUUUUGGAUAAGUAAGGCCAGUGCGGAACAAAGAAAAGGAAGAGCCGGCAGAACUGGACCUGGAGUUUGUUACAGAAUUUAUUCAGAGGAAGAGUAUAAGACAUUGGAAAAAUAUUCAACGCCGGAAUUACAACGUGUACCUUUAGAUUCUUCAUUGUUACAAAUGAUAGCAAUGGGACUUCCUGAUGCGCGAAAGUUUCCAUUUAUAGAAUCACCACCAGCCAAUAGUAUAGAAAACGCUAUACUAUCCUUAAAAGAUCAUGGUGCACUUACGGAUAACGAAAAGAUUACAUGUAUCGGUAAAACCUUGGCACGGCUGCCCGUUGAUAUCACAAUAGGGAAGAUGUUAAUAAUGGGAUCAAUUUUUCAUCAAGUGGAACCCGUGUUGUCAUUAGCUGCUGCUCUAAGUAUACAAACCCCGUUUACCAAUAGGGCUUAUAGGGAUACCGAAUGUGAGACAUCUAGAAAGAAGUUAGAAUCUGAUCAUGGUGAUCCAAUAACGUUACUGAAUGCAUUUAAAGAAUGGCUGGAGGUGAAGCAAGAAAAUGCUCAAGAAUAUAGAAGUAAUAAUAAUAGCAGCAGAAAAUGGUGCAGAAGAAGAGGUUUGGAGGAACAACGAUUCUACGAAAUGACGAAAUUGAGAACUCAAUUUAAAGACUUGCUCCAAGAUUGCAAUUUACUCAAGAGUCUCCCAGAACCAAAUUCUUCUAUGACGAGUGCAGAACGUGCAAUAAGGCAUGGAGAACUAAAACUGUUAAAGUCUCUCAAAAGAACUUAUAAACAGAAUGAACCUAAAAGGCGUAAACAAUUAAAAGUAGAAACAUUCGAGAUACAGUUUGAAGAUGAUGAUGAGAAUAAUGGAGAGCUUGAUAUAAAAGAUAUAGAAUUUCGAAUGAGAAAUGACUCGAGUCAGGUGCAGAAUCUGUUAACGGCGUCUACUGCAUGUAGCUAUAAAGAUUUGACAAUGUUGAAAUUGAUAUUAUGUAGUGGUUUAUAUCCACAAUUCGCUUGUGCCGACGAGUUUAAUUAUUGCAAGUCUAUGAGUGAACAAUUGUUUCACACGAAAGCGAAACCAUACGUUGCUUUGCAUCCAAUGAGCUUUUUUGGAAAUCAUCCACAAGUUUUGCAAAUUGAAGAAGAGGAUGUAAUGCCAAUACCAGGCUUUAAGAACAAGUCUCCUAUUAGUUCUAAACAUCAGAUAUUGGCAUAUCUAUCCCUUUUGGAAACUACAAAACCAUAUCUGGUAAAUACUUUACGAAUGCCGGCUGCACAAACAUUGUUUUUAUUUGCGCAUGAAAUAGACACAAAUAGCACAUUCUCUAUAAUAGCAUGCGAUUCGUGGCUGAUGUUAGAAUUUCCUGUUCCUGAUAGUGGUCAAAAUUUGUUGAUGAAAGCUGUCAAGUUAAGAAAUAAGUGGGAUUUCUUAUUAAAUCAGCAAUUGCAAGGCUCUGGCAGUGUUAACGAUGAAAGAAAAGAUUUUAGUAAAGUUGAGCAAAGUCUUACGCAAGAACUGAUUGAAUAUAUGCAUACCACGAUACCGUACACUAUAAGACGGCUGUUACCAGCUGAUUUAAAAAUGAUAUAUGUGGGUAACGGCAAUAAUGAUACGAGUAUAGAGCUUAAUCCUUUUCAACCUGAUUUUAAGAGCAUACCAAAUGUAAUUAAAGGUGGAGUCCAUGUAACAGACAAUAUUACAUAUAACUGUAUAAAAGAAACUAAUUGGAGUGAACAGUUGAUCGCAGAAGUGCAAGAAACCGAGUGGCAUUGUGAAAAUUGUAAUCUUCGAGCAAUCCUAUCGAGUAUCGAAAAACUUCAACAUCAAAGCUGUUGUAUAGUCGCAGAUACGAUUAGUGUUGCUAAAGAGAAUGAAAAUGUCAUACGUAAAGCUAAUAGUCAAGCAUACGAAUGUCCUGAUUGUUCACUAACAUUAUAUCUCACGCCCAUCGAAAUAUUGAAGCAUAAAAAAUUACAUAUGAAACCAAGCUAA